AUGCGGCUCGACGUUGUUGUUAUUUGGCUGGCCUUGCUUUCAGCAUCCGCCGUGGCUGUAUCGUCCGAGCUGGGUGCUCAAGUGGCUCUCAAUGCCUCCUCUGGCCUGCAAAUCGAUAACGAAGAUAUUGUCAAGACAGACGCUCGCGAUUCGUGGACUGCAGGUGUCAUCAGCCAAGUCAGGGCAGACCUCUCAAGCGCGCUGUCGGUCGGCGUGCGCAUAGUACCAGCCCAUGCCGGUGAUAGUCUCAUGGUUGGAUUUUCCCGCGAGGUACCAAGCAGCCUGGCCGACUAUCGCUCGCUUGACUUUGCUCUGCAUCUCUCCCUCGCCUCUGGCGUGCCCGUACUCCUGGUUUGGCGGCGAAACACAAUCCUGGGCCGUCUCGAGCAAUCCUUUGGGUCAAGCGACCUUCUCGAUGUCUACGCCGAUCAAAGUGGCCGCUUUGCCGUCGCCCUCAACAACGUCACCAUCUACACGUCCACCUUCUCCCGCGACUACGAUGCCUACUACUUUCGUGCCGUCUUCUCGACACCCAACGCCACCAUCUCCCGCCCUCAAUGGCUCACAGCCCAGCUAUUUUGCCGCACAAUGACCUGUGCCGACGCUGGCCAAUGUCAUCCCGCCAGCCCCUGCAACUUGGGUGUUUGCACCACCACACCAGCUUCCGGUAUCCCUUGUAACGACGGCAACGCCACUACAGUUGAUGAUACGUGCCUGGACGGCAUUUGCCUGGUCAGUCAACCUAGACUGGAGAGCCGCCACGCGGUGCAGUGUGCAUCCGAUUCAUGCCAUGAACCUUCUGUUUGUAGCGGGGGCAGCUGCUUCGCCGGACCGGCCCUAGCCGAUGGCUCAGCUUGUGACGACAACAAUCCCAUUACUAUCGAGUCGCUGUGCUUUGACGGUGUUUGCGUUGGGACAAAAACGCGGUGCUUCAACGUUACUUGCGAACCCCGCGCUUGCUAUGCUGCGGGCAUCUGCAAUGAUCAAACGGGCCAAUGCGACUACACUGCUCUGCCCGAAGGCACGGAUUGCGAUGAUGGGGAUAACGUCACCAUCGACGACAAGUGUUAUUCGCAUGUUUGCACGGGGUUGGAUCCCUGCUUUGGCUUUGACUGCGUGCCACGCAGCCAGUGCCACUUGGCAGGCGAAUGCAUCAAUGGUGCCUGCACCAACCCCGUUAAACCCGUCAACACGACGUGCGAUGAUGGAGAUAGUACAACCGUAUUGGAUGCUUGCCAAGCCAAUGGUGCAUGUGUGGGUGUAAAUUUGUGCGCCAAUGUCGAGUGUUUGCCGGUGUCUACCUGCCAUCUUCCUGGCGCCUGUGAUUUCCAGACUGGUCUCUGCUCAAUGGGACCCGUCAAGAGCGAUGGUAGCGCCUGCGACGAUGACAACAACCGUACAGUGGAAGACCAGUGCCUGGAUGGUGUUUGCACUGGGGUUGACCGGUGUCCCACGCCCUGCACGGCACUCUCCGUUUGCCACGCUCCGGGUGACUGCGACCUUUGGACCGGCAUCUGCACCAAUCCUUUGCUGCCUGACGGCACCCCGUGUGACGACGAUGACCCCGAGACAACUGGUGAGCGUUGUUUCGAUGGGAUAUGCUCGGGCGUUCGCCUUUGUGAAAAUGUGGUCUGCACGCCGCUGUCUCCAUGCCACGAUACGGGCAUAUGUGAUCCCAACACGGGCACUUGCUCCAAUCCCGUGAAAGCAACGGGCAUCUUAUGCCCGGACACCGACGGCGAUGUGUGCACAACCGCCUCUUGUCACGUCGGGGAGUGCCUGCAAACGUCGCCAACUGCCUUUGGUGUUGGCUGUGAUGAUAACAACACUUUGACCGACGAUGACAUUUGCCUUGGUGAUGGCACGUGUGCCGGUGAAGAUCGCUGCAUCGGUGUGACUUGCAUUGCCAUUGAUGAGUGUCACGAACCGGGUACCUGCGCCAAUGGAAUCUGCAGCAACCCUGUUGCAGAGGAUGGAAGUAACUGCAGCACUGUGGCCUUUGUUGCUCGCAACCCGCGCUGUCCGCUUUUUCCGCUGGCCCCCGAUGGUUAUCCCUGCGUUGAUGUGGACGAGAAUGAGUGCACAGCAGCCGAGUGUCGCUUUGGCACGUGUAUCCAAAAUGUUUUGCUUGACAAUGGCUCUCCGUGCACCGAUAAUAACGCGGCUACCGAAGAUGAAUGUGUUGGAGGCGUCUGCGUUUCGAUCGACCUGUGUGAAGAGAACGAUGUUGUGUGCGAGAGCCCACCGACGCCCUGCCAUGAACCGGUGGGCACUUGCUUUCGGGGCAACUGCUCCUACUCGUUCAAGCUCGUCGGGGCUAGCUGCGACGAUGGCAAUGAACAAUCUGGUGUUGGCACCUGCAAUGCUGCCCAUGAGUGCAUUGCUUCAUUCCCGGCUACGGAAUGUACUUUGGCAGGAACUUGCGUCAACGGCCUCUGCCCAGCACCAGCCAACCGCACGGAGGGCACCGCCUGUACAGCUAUCAACGAGGACACAUGUACCGAAGCCCUAUGCUUUGGUGGUGUCUGCGUGCAAAACAUCCCUCGCGCUGCCACCAACAUAUCUUGCGAUGAUGAGGAUGAGAGCACAGACUUUGAUACUUGUCAAGCGGGCAUCUGCCGAGGCAUUGAUUUGUGCGUUCGUGACAACGUAACUUGCGCACCCCCCGAGAGUUGCCGAGCUCCCGGCGUCUGCUUCCGAGGCACCUGCAGCUACGACCUUUUGCCGGUGGCCACGCCCUGUGAUGACAACAACGAACGCACGACCACCGAUAUUUGCCUUGCCAAUGGCAUUUGCAUCGGCGAAGACCUAUGCGUCACGGAAGACAUCGUAUGCAGCCCACCAAACCAGUGUCAGCAUGGAGCUGAGUGCCUGCGUGGUUCAUGCCUGCCUCCGCUCAACAUCACCGCGGGGACGCCAUGCGAUGAUGAGGACGCCGAAACCAGGGACGAUGUCUGCGACGGCUGGGGUACUUGUGCCGGAAUUAACCCUUGCAUCGUGAACAACAUCACCUGUGAUGUUGCACCCAGUCAAUGCCAUAUGACCAACGGCACAUGUUUUUUGGGCUCAUGCUCGUACGAAUUCCGACCUGUCAACAGCAGCUGUGAUGACGGGAUUGAAGCCACCGAUGAUGACAUGUGUGAUGGCUUUGGCACGUGUUUGGGCGUUGAUUAUUGUGUUGCCUGGGCGGUGACAUGCGAGCCCUUGAAUCAGUGCCACCAAGCGGGUGUCUGCUCUCAUGGAGAAUGCUCCCCCAGCCUGCCCCUACCCAACGGCACGAUCUGUGAUGAUGGCUUCGCUCAUACCAUCAACGAUACGUGCCACAGUGUCGGCGAGUGCGAUCCCCAAACGGGUUUGUGCAGCAACCCUUUCCGCCCGGCCGGCCUGGCCUGUGACGACGCUGACAACCGCACGACCAGCGAUCAGUGCAUGGCCGGUGUGUGCGCGGGUGUUGAUCUUUGCGUGGCCAAUAAUGUCACAUGCCCACCCAUCAACCAAUGCCAUGAGCCGGGAACUUGCUUCCAAGGUCAAUGCACCAUCUUGCCAAAGCUCGACGGCACUGUAUGCGAUGACGGUCUGGCCAAUACGCAAAAUGACGUCUGCACCGGUGGCCUUUGUGCUGGCAUUGAUCCAUGUGCGGGGAUCGUCUGCCAGGCCCAAAGUGUGUGCCACGAGGUAGGCACUUGCCGAAACGGAGUGUGUGAUGAUCCGUUCCGUGCUGCUGGCAGUAUGUGCGACGAUGGUGACAGCAGCAGCUACUUGGAGCAGUGUUUCGCCGGUAUUUGCGUGCCACAGUUGGCUUGCGACCCAAGCACGUGUGUAGCCUGGCGUGAGCUGCGUGGCUUGGAACCCACCAUGAACUUUGGCCUACGCCGAGUGGCACGGGUGGACGGCUGGAACGCCUCGGCCGUGUCGCUCGAUGGCUUGUCAACCAACGAUACCCGGGCCGGGGUGCGCUUUACUCCGGAACAAACGGAUGCCAACCUCGCUUUUGGCCUAGGCUCAGAGGUUCUUACAUCGCAGUUUGAAGACAUGGCCUUUGCCGUGUUUUUGGCAGAGGGCGGCAACGCCUUUGCGUACGAAGCUGGACGCUUCAAGAAAAGCUUGGGCACGUAUGCCCGAGCCUCGACGCUCGAGCUCCUGGUGAAUAGGCAAGGACGAGUUGAGUUUGUGGUUGAUCAUCAGCUGCGUUACACGAGCGAGUCAGUGGUGAAUCUUCCCGUGCAUGUUGAUGUGGCCCUCUUCGGCGGUGCCGCUGUUGUAUCCAAUAUAUCCUGGGUCACGAAGCAGGAAGCCUACUGUGCACGUCAGACCUGCGCACCUGCCACCGACUGCUUGCUGGCUGAGCAGUGUGUACUUGGCGAGUGCGCGAGCCCCGUACCCCAACCAGUCAACACCACGUGUACUCUCAGCGACGACACCCUCCGAGACUUGCGCUGCAAUGGCGCCGGAACCUGCAUUGGCACGCCCAAGUGCGCUGGUGUCAUCUGCCCGACGCCAGGGCAGUGUGAGAUGCCAGUCAGUUGUGAACCCACCACGGGUCUUUGCCCGGUACUGCCCUUCCGACCCAAUGGAACUGAGUGUGAUGACGAUAUUUUUGAGACGCUCGAGGACACCUGCCAAGCUGGCGUUUGUCGUGGCAUUGACUAUUGUGACGCCGUGGUAUGCGACAGCCCACCCACCGUUUGUUUCGAGGCUGUUGGUUCAUGUUUGCACGGCAAUUGCAACUACACCUUUCGAGGCAUCAACGCCACUUGUGAUGACGGAAACGAGAGAACGACCAAUGACCAGUGCCAAGCUGAUGGGGUAUGCGCGGGUGUCGACCUGUGUGACGAAGUCGUUUGUGCUCCAAGCCAAUGCCAGACCAACGCCUCAUGCCUACAUGGCAUUUGCUCGUUUGACAACUAUCCAUCAGCGUAUCUCUGCAAUGAUGGCAAUGCCUCCACCUUCCCGGAUACAUGCGAGGCUGGAGUGUGCGUGGGACAAGACCCUUGUCUGGGAGUCGACUGUCGAGCGCCCUCAGAUUGCUACGAGGACGGCACAUGCGUGCUUGGCGAGUGCGUCUUUCAGUUUCGACCAGCAAAUACCAGCUGCGAUGACAAUAACAACCGCACCAUCGACAUGUGCGACGGCAAUGGCGCGUGCAUCAGCACGGACCCCUGCCAAGGUCUUGCCUGCCCAGAGCCCACAGAUCAUGAAUGCCAAUACUCAGAAGCCUGCUUUUUGGGCCAGUGUGGUGACAUUAUUGACCACCCCUUGGGGACGGCCUGCACCUUUGACGAUGGCAACCCCUGCACACGCGGUGGUUGUAUUGCCGGUUCCUGCACCAGCUUUCACGUAGCUGACAACACGACCUGCAACGAUGGGAAUGUCAACACCGUCGACGACCGGUGUCUUGCCGGCACAUGCGUGGGGACUGAUCUUUGCCUCAACGUGGAAUGCCAACCACUGACGCAGUGUCACCAGACCACAAGCUGCGUGGCUGGUUCGUGCCCAGUGUUGCUCAAGCCGGACGGCGCUUUUUGUGACGAUGGCAACCCAGAAACCAUCAAUGACGUGUGCACGUUGGGGCAAUGCGCGGGCUUUAGCCUGACCUGCACGCCCCCGAGCUCAGCUACUGAGGCGGUUCGCUUCAGCAACGGGUGUGGAGGUUUUGACCAAGAGACGCGUUGGCUGUACACGGCACAAGCCACCAGCGGCUGCGUUUGCCGUUCCGGCACACUGGGCGGCCUUUUUGCUGAUCAAUCGGGUGCGAUUCAUACAGCUACGCAGUGCGCACAGGCCAUCUGCGGUGGCGGCUCAUUACUGCAAUUUGAUCAGUGCAGUUUCAACGGCGAGAUUGUCAGCACUGGCACCUGGCAGGAGAGCACAGUGACGGUGCCGCUGGCCUAUCAGGAUGUUUUGUGCGAAGAGGAUGGCACUCCCAUCACGCAGCGACCCGCCACAUCCACGGCAAUUACCACGACAGUGACCACGAGCUCGACGACCAGCACCAUAUCAACAAUCGGCAGCACACCACUCGGGACGACCACAGUCCCUUUGUCGUCUUCGAGUAGCUCUUUGGGUUUAACAACAUCGAGCUCUAACACUCGUUCUCCUGGCAUUUCCACGACGCCUGCACACACCUCAACCUCUUUUGCUUCUUCUGCCACCACGACUUCUCCUCAUGCUUCUUCCUCUACUACUCCUACAACAACAACGACCACCACCACCACCACCACAACAACAACAACAACAACAACAACGACGACGACGACAGUCCCGCCAACAGCGCGGCCGGCGACUGGGGUGGAGCACGUCAUUCAAUGGAACGUCAACUUGCCUUUGGCUGAGUUGCAUCAGCGCAUCAGGCUGGGCGAUAGCAUGACCUGGCAAUGGGACUCUGAUGCCAUGCCCAUCAACGUUGUCUCUGGAACCAGUCGCAUUCCUGAUGGUCGCUUCACCUCAGGCCUCCCCCGUUAUCGUGGUUUGUACACCCACUCUGCCACGUUUCGAACUGUCGGCACUUACAACUAUUAUUCACAAUUCCAAGCCUACCUUGCCGGCUCGGUGACUGUCUUCAACCCGGUCCGCAUCAUCGAGACCUCGGCCACCUUGCCCGACAACGUGGUUGACUGGAGUCUGCAGUACAAUGCCCCACCUCUCCACGUGGCCACGGGCGCAGUUGUCCGCUUUCAGUGGGACAACAAUGUGCCUUUGGACAUUAUCUCUGGCUUACCAUCAGACGCAACAUUGGGCGUGCUCUUCAGCAGCCCGGCUGCUCGGUCCAGCAACUUGACAGUUGCUUUCGAGGCGGAAGGUCGGUAUUACUUUCAUGCAUCGCAAUACAGCUUUCUGCAGGGGCUGAUUGUUGUCGAGGCUUUACUCGAGCAACGGCAUCCGACUCACGCCAAGUCUCCCGUUGUACCAAUAGAUGCCGCACCCACUACAGCCACACCUGUGAUUACCACAGCAUCUUCAACCACCUUGACUACCACCACCACUACUACCACCACCACUACCACUACCACUACCACUACCACUACCACUACCACUACCACCACCACUACCACCACCACAACAACAACGCUGCCCACAACUACAACACCAAGGAUUACGACCACGACUGCUGUGUUCAAUGGGACCACCGUGCUGGCAACCGUGGAGGGCAACGCGGCCCUUAGCAUGUUUGAUCAGCUCCUGUCCGGCUCGUCCAUUGUGACUGAAUUGGGUCGCCGUGGCCCCUGGACCGUGUUUGCACCACGUGACUCUGCCUUUAACUCGUUUUCGCAGGAUGCACUCUUUGAAUUGUUCUUGGAAGCCGAUAAGCGAGAUGCUUUUUUGAGCCGUCAUGUCGCGGUUGGGUUCUACAAUCGGACGGCUCUGCAAACAGGCAAUAUCGUUAUGGUGGAUGGCCGCCUCCAGGCCGUACGGCGCGUCGGCGGCUCCAUUUUGCUAGGUAACAUUGCGGCCGUUGUUGAUGCAGAGGCUGUGGCCGACAACGGCGUUGUCCAACAGCUUGAUCAGGUGUUACCUGAGGGUACAGAGCUCAGCACGACCUCGGUGACAACUUCGACCACAACCUUUGCGCCCGAGACAACAACGGAGGCCACGACAACGACGACAACGACGACAACGACGACGACGACCGCGACGACCACGACGACUUCAUCCACGACCUCGGCAAUCUUGGACCGACUAGAUUUGCUCGAUCAAGCCAUGGCUGACGGUGUCGGAUCCUUUGCAGAUGGCGCCUUGGUUCUUUCCGGAGUUGGAGGCGUCCGGCUGGCUGUACCAACGGCACGAACGGAGCUAGGAUUGCACUUUGCGUUUCGCGCAAUGGUGGGUGGCUAUCUGGUUUCCAAGACCAACGGCUUUGAUCCCGCCUCUAUGCGCGCGUGGAUGCGCAAGAUGCAGUUCAAGUCGUGA